AUGCUGACAGAGCGCCGCGAGGUGGAGGAAAAAAAGCAGGCAUUGACACUGGAGGCCGCCGCGAACCAGGCGGGUCUGAAGGCCACGGAAGACCGCAUUCUCGCCAUUCUCUCCACGCAAGGCAACAUCCUUGAGAGCGAGGAGGCUAUUGAGGAGCUCGACAGCUCCAAGGAGCAGAGCGACCGCAUUGCGAAGCGGCAGGAGGAGAUUGAGGCGAUGGAGCGCAUUAGUGAUCGCACGCGCAACAUGUUCAUACCUGCUGCUCACCUCGGAGCCAUUCUGUUCUUCUGCGUCACGGAGCUCGCCAACAUCGAUCCUAUGUACCAAAACUCGCUGCAGUCCUACAUGUCCAUCUUCCAGGAGGCGUUGAUGAACAGCGCCAAGUCGAGCGAGGUGGAAGAGCGCACCGAGGCCAUCAACACCACCUUCAAGCGCAGUCUGUACCAGCGAAUUUGCCGGUCCCUCUUCGCGCGAGAUCAGCUGCUCUUCUCCUUCACCAUGUCGCUCAAGAUCUACGAUGUGGACCCGACGCUGUUGCGCUGGGUGCUGAUGGGCGACUUCGAGGAGGAAGACCACCACGCCGUGCCGAACCCUUUCACGUGCCUGCCGGAGUUGAUCUGGAAGCUGUUGCGCCGCGCGGCGACGCAGUUGGACGGCUUCGCUCACGUGACGGAGCUGGUGCAGCAGCAUGCGAUGUUCUUCAUGGACUUCUACGAGUCUUCGAACCCGCUAGAGCUGGAGCUGCCCGGUGUGCUGAACGACAUGUCGAGCAUAGAGAAGCUGGUCGUGGUACGAUGUCUGCGCAUGGACAAAGUGGUGCCAGCCAUCCGCAACUACGUCAGCGAGACGCUUGGCGAGUACUUUGUCGAGCCGCCGCUCUACGCGUUGGAGACGGUGGUGGACGAGCUCUCCUACGACCCUUCGGUGCCGAUUAUCCUCGUGCUCUCGCCCGGCGCAGACCCGAAUGCGGAGCUGGACCGUGUCGCAGAGCUGCGAGGCAUGGCGCAAAGCAAGCUGUUCAAGCUCUCGCGCGGCCAGGGCCAAGACGUGCCUGCCUGUGAGAUGAUGGAUACCGGGACGAAGGAAGGACAUUGGGUGUUUUUUUUUUUUGCAAAACUGCCACCUCUACUCCGACUUCAUGCCGCGUCUGUCACGCAGGAUCGAGGACUACAGCGAUGCGGCGGCCAAGGAGCGGCUGCACCGCAACUACCGCCUGUGGCUGACGUCGCUACCGAGUGA